CUCCCUAUAACUAGUCCGAUCCAAGGCUGACGCGAGUUACCUGGAAAGUGAUAUAGUUUGUUUGGGAGCAGACGAUAAGAGAGGCGGUAUGGUGAGUAAAGGUGCGGGGAGUGAAGCGGGGGAAACAGCCAGCAGCCGCUCCAAGAAGGAGCCACCAGGGCAUGAAACAGAUUCUGAGGGUGGUGAAGCUCUAUCUAAUGGUAAAGACUCAGAGAUGACUCUGCCAAUGAAUAGUCUGAUCACCAGUGCUCCUGCUGAUGUGCAUACAAAUGGUGUUGCAGAGGUUAAUCCCAUUCCGAACACACUUAAGAUCAAGAUCCACAUAGCUGGAAGUGACACCAUUGACUUGCAAGUGUCUGCCCAGGAGAUGGUCCAGGAGAUUAUCCAGGUUCUGAUGGAACGUGAGGACACAUGCCAUCGGACCUGCUUCUCACUUCAGCAUGAUGGCAACAUUCUGGAUAACUUUGCGGAGUUGACAAGUGUAGAAGGACUGAAGGAUGGAUCGGUCCUCCGAGUGGUAGAAGAGCCAUACACUGUCCGAGAGGUUAGGAUUCAUAUACGCCACAUCCGGGAUCUGUUGAAGAGUCUAGAUCCUGCAGAUGCCUAUAAUGGCAUGGAGUGUAACUCCCCUUCUUUCUUAACCAGCAUCUCGGAGGGAGAUUUUGGAGAUAUAACCACAACUGGAAAGAGGAAAAGACGUUCUGGUUCGGAUCAGCCACUUGAGACUAUUGACUGCUCUCCUCCAGAAUAUAUCUUGCCAGGAUCCAAAGAUCGACCCCUUUCGUUCCUACAGCCUCUAACCACAGAUAACAAGCCCCUGCAGUGUCUGAAGUCUCUGACGAUGAGUGGCUGGAACCCUCCCCCUGGUCACCGUAAAAUGCGUGGGGACCUGAUGUAUCUCAACAUCAUCACCAUGGAGGAUCGUCAUGUCAGCAUCACUGCAUCCACACGAGGAUUCUACAUCAACCAGUCAACCGUGGAUGUGUUUAACCCAAAACCAGGCAGUCCUAGUCUGCUGUGCCACUCCCUGUUGGAUCUUCUGAAUCAAAUUAGUCCGAUAUUCAAGAAGAAUUUUGCAACAUUGCAGAAGAAAAGGGUGAAUUGUCAUCCGUUGGAGAGGGUUGCCACACCAUUCCAAACCUACAGUUGGACCACCCCACACAGACAGCAUACCAUUGAUUGUGUGAGAGCUGAGGAUGCGUAUACCUCCCGACUAGGAUAUGAGGAGCAUAUUACUGGGCAGGGUGUUGGUUACAGUUUGCCCCGGGAUUGGAAUGAGGAGCUGCAGAUGGCAUGGGAAAUGCCCUGUCAGGACCUGAUGCAGCGGAUGUUGAGAAAGCAGACCAUCUUUAAGGUGAACCGUGAUUUUGUUGCAGCUGCUACCCGUGGAGCAGUGGCAGUUGUCGAUGGGAACAUCAUGGCCAUCAACCCAGGAGAAUAUACCAAAAUGCAAGUGUUCAUCUGGAACAACAUUUUCUUCAGUUUUGGAUUCGAUAUCCAGGACAACUACAAAGAGUCCGGGGGUGAUCACGCUGCCUAUGCCGCAUCCAGCAACGACUUGAAAGGGAUCCAAGCUUAUAGUAACCUGGAUGUGCAGGGUCUGCACGUGUUGGGGUCUGUAAUAGUGGAUUACCGGGGCUAUCGGGUAAUUGCACAGUCCAUUAUCCCUGGAAUUCUGGAACAGGAGCAGGAUCAAAAUGUAGUGUAUGGAUUGAUAGAUUCUGGGAAGACUGUCAUUUCUAGUCAUGAGUACAUCAACUUGUUGCUGAAAACCUCCAGACCCCUUCGGAUUCAGAAGCACCUGGUCCUGAAUGAGUUAGGACAGCCUGUCAUGUUGUGCUCCUCCGUGGAUUGCAAGGGGAUUGUUGGCCAUGACGGGCGACGCUACCUUCUGGAUCUGUUCCGGACAUUCCCCUCAGAUUUGAACUUCCUGCCAAUAGUUGGUGAAGAAUUGCAUGAGGAAUGUCGAAGAUUAGGAUUCCCAAAGGAAUAUCGACAUAAACUUUGCUGUCUACGACCAGAGCUAGUGGAGAAUUUCGUCCAACAUAAGCACACGCAGUUCGCAAAGCUCUUGAAGGAGAAAAUGCGCAGAAGCGACAGAAGAAAGAGUUUAUUGGAGGAUGGAGAGAGCGCAACAGAAAAUUAUGAUUAUACAAGAGAUGUUGAGGAAAUGAAGGCAGUAUGUCAGGAGACAGGCUCCAUCAGUGACACCAUCUUUGACAUUCGUUUCAACCCAAACGUUUAUUCACCAGUUGUAAGAUUUCCUGAGUCUGAACUGGAAGCUCUGCAACUUCAGAAGCGAUUGAUGAAGGAAAUUGCAGCUUUCCUCGUGUCCGUACAGAUUCCCAGUUUUAUCAAAGACUGUGUGAAUCAUGUCAUUGUCCCUGCUGACGGUAGCACAUUGAUAAAUGCCCUGCACAAAUGUGGAAUUAAUAUUCGAUACAUUGGUAAAAUAGCACAGCUGAUAAGCCAGUCAGAAGACAAACAAUAUCUGGACCAUAUCUCUAAACUCGUCAUCAGUGAAAUCAUUACCAGGUCGGCAAAGCACAUCAUCGUCCCCUACCUGCAGGGCGUGGAGAUAUCAGCGCUGUCAUCUGCCAUCAGCCACUUUAUGAACUGCUUGCUGAGUUCCUACCCCAAUCCUGUUGCACAUUUGCUUCCAGAUGAACUUGUGUCACGCAGGAAAAAGAGCAAGCGAAAGGUGCGCAUUCCUGGGAAUGACAUAGCAUGGGCCAGCCUGACUCCUACCGAGCUGUGGAAACAGAUUAACAGUGAGGCUGGUGAAAGCUUCGACUACGUGUUGGCCUGUGAUGGGGUUGAUCAGACGGUGGAGCGGUUUGGUCUGCAGAAGGUGUCCCUGCUGCGUGAAUUCUGUAUAAAAGCUGGAAUUCAGAUUCUGCUGCGAGAAUAUAACUUUGACAGUCGUCACAAGCCCACCUUCACAGAGGAUGAUAUUCUUAACUCCUUCCCUGUGUUCAAGCACCUCAUUGUGAAGGCAACAGAUGCUGAUCAGGUUUAUAAGAAUGCACAAACUACUAUUCAGAAAGGAAACAUUAAGGAAGGUUUUGAGUUGCUCAAUGAAUCUUUAAACCUGUUCAACAAUGUGUAUGGAGCCUUGCACCCGGACACUUGUGGUUGUAUGAGCCUUCUGGCACGGGUCAGUUACAUCAUGGAUAAUAUCCCUGAGGCUAUAAGCAACCAGCAAAAAGCCGUAAUAAUCAGUGAGCGGAUCCUUGGCUUUGACCAUCCCAACACCAUCCAUGAAUAUGCCAGGCUUGGCCUCUACUGCUUUGCCAACAACCAGGUGUCAAUAGCACUGAGACUGCUGUAUCGCGCUCUCUACCUGAUGCUCACUGUCAGUGGAGAAGACCAUCCAGAAAUAGCUGUUCUUGAUAGUAACAUCGGCCUAAUGCUCCAAGCUGCACUGGAUUGUGACCUCGCAAUUCGAUUUCUGCAGAAAGCGCUGGAAUUAAACCUCAAGUAUUAUGGGGCCCAGGCUUUAGAGACUGCACUGAGCUAUCAUCUCAUGGCCCAAGUCUACGCUAGCAAAGUAGAGUUCCGAACCGCUGUGCAGCAUGAGAAGGAAGCCUACACCAUCUACAGGGCUCAGCUUGGGGAGACUCACCAAAAGACAAAAGCGAGCUCCGAGUUCCUGAAGCAUGUCACUCAGCAGGCUGUGAACCUACAGAGGACUAUGAAUGAGAUUUAUAAGAAUGGAUCAAAUGCCAAUCUUCCUCCAGUACAGACCACACCACUGAGUAAUAAGAUGAUACUGCAACAGCUCAACAUGGUCAAUGGGAUUGUCCUUACUGGUAACAGAAAAUCUGCCCUGGAAAAAGCCACAAAUAGAAUGCGUAAACUAAUUCAGGCAGAAAUCAAGGCAUCACAGAGACUGACCAAGGCCCUCACUGAUAUUGGGUUAGAUGAUGUGAUACCAGUCAAUGGAACUGCCCCAGCUGAAAUCGUGAAUGGUGCAGAGAAUCUGGCUGAAGAAAAAACAGUGAUUAAUAGCAAAAUAGAAACUGACUGUGUACCGUCAACGGAUUCUGCGUAACUGUGUUUGCCAGCAGUCGACAAGGAGAUGGAUUAAACUCCUUUCUAAUUACAUGAAACUGACACUAAUGUCCACUUUUCAACACACACAGACUCAUUUGAUAUCCCAGAUGUGACUGGAGGGGGGUAACUGUAAAAUUAGGUUUGUAUAUCAGCAGAUGGUGUUUAGGGUUCAUCACAAGGUUGGAACUCGGUUGCAUAAUUGUCUAUAUUACAAUUGGAAACCUUUUAAAUUACCGGAUGUUAAAACUUAUUUAAUAAUUAUUCCAUUGAAAUCAGACCGUACUUUUGUUGUUUCUCUUUGGAUAUAGUUUUGUGCAACGAUACAGCUGAUAAAUCCUUGCCCAUCACUGGUCAAUGUAUAAAUUGGGUAGCUUAACUGUGAAACAUCAGAAUGCUGAAAAACAAAGGUGUAGAACACCCUCUUCUGAAUAUACCUCACUAACUAUGAUUUUGAUAUAGCUAUAUCUCUCACUGUCACACUUUCUGAUGUGUCUGAGACGUAUUAUUGUGUUGUUCUCUGAUAUAUCACACCAUCAUAGCAUGAUAAAGCAAUAUGAUGGUGUGUGUGUUGGGGUUGGGGGGCAAGAUUAUCUCACUAUUGCCAUAAUUACCAUCACUAAGCAGAUUACAUGUCUGAAGAAAGGUCAAAUUCAGCUCUUAACACUCCAUGUGACAGUCUAAACUGGUUGUUUCGUGUUUCUCUUUAGAUUCAAAUAUUUUCUUUUUAUAGUGAGGUUGUGAAAGUUCUCCAAGGUCACACACUUUGUAACUAAUGAUUUUGGUCAAUUCUGGUGAAUUUAGUAGACCAGUUCUGAUGGUUCAAAUGUUUUCUCCAGCUUUGAUUACCUGCAAGGUCCCUCAGCAUCUUCAUAAUGACCUAUAGCAGAUAGAUAACUCCAUGUCUUGCUUCUUUAAAUUCAAGUUUAGACUGCCAUCUGCUUGCAUCUUAACAUAAGUCCAGAAUUUCCAUUAACUUUCCAGGUGCUAGGUUCCUGCUGCAUUUUUAGUUCUCUUAAACUUCCCCAAUACUGAGUUUUUAAAAAAUAAUUCUUUCUAUUUGAUGAGCUGUACAAUUCUUUGAUUCAAAUACAAAAUCAGAAAAUCCGUUGUUUACAGUUUAUAGGUUGAGGCUUUAUUUUUGCUUUCAUUUAAGUGUUAGACCAUAAUUCAUGAAUCGGGUGAAUGCUUUUUUGACCGUGACUGAAAUAUUCCUUCGCUGUAGGAUGAUUUUAAGUUUUAAUGAAUAUUGUACUACUGUGAUUAGAUACUUCACUAAUAAAAUAUGGACACCA